AUGGCAGAAGAGACAAGAGUGGCCAGUCCAAAGGACGACACGGCCCAACAAAGCACCCCCGAGGACGCCGACACUCGCGCCGCACGUCGCGAAUUGAAGCAACAUUCCAUCUCAGAUCCCGUUGGCACAAGCACCGAGGGCGAUGCUGAACGUCCAGACACUCCCGCCGAGGACGACGUUUCUGAUGAACGGAAUAACGAGCUGAAGGAGCACUUCGCUUCACCAAAGAAGAAGCGCGGCCACGAUGAGCUGGACCCCAACAAGGACGACAAGCAAAACGACAACGACAGUGUCGCCUCUGCAGACUCGGCCAAGGAUAGAGCCUCGCGAUCAGAGCCUGAGAAGAAGCGACACCGCGAUACAGAUGGUGAUGCUGACGGCGACGAUGAGGUGAUAUUCUCAGCAUAUAACAAUGACCUGAGCCGCAGGCUGACGAAUCUCGUGCAGACAAAACCAGACAAGGACGAAGCCAAGACGGACCCCGAUACGGAGCCCAAGACUGAGUCCAAGACGGAGCACACGACGGAGCCCAAGACCGGAACGAAACAAGAAAAGCCAGAACCACCCAAAAAGGAGCAGCCGCAGACUACGGCCAGUGCGUUCGCGGCAUCUGGUUUCAGCAAGCUUGCUGCUGGCGCCUCGCCGUUCGCGGGGCUUGGCGGCACCGGUGGCGCAUUUGCAUCUACUGCGAAAGCGCCACUGACAUCUUUCGCAUCAUCACCAAAGAAGACGGAAGCGCAGCCACUUGCACCAGCACCAAAGCUCAGUUUCGGUGGUGCUACGACCGCAUCUCCAUUCGCUGCUGGGUUGUCGGGCACCAACGGUUUCGGAAGUGGUCUCGGUGGAAGCGGAUUUGCUUCGGCGUCCGGCGCGAAGCCGCUGUCGAGCUUUGCCUCGGGGGCCUCAAAGCCUUUUCAGAAGCAAAAACCUGCCAAACCAUUUGGUGCUCCAGAUAGCGAUGCUGAAGACGAUGAAGAUGAGGACAAGAGCGAUGAAGAAGAAGGCAUCAGCGCUUCGGAUAAGGAUCGCGACGCCUCGUCAGAGAAGGAGGAUGACAAGUCCAAAGUAAAACUACACAGAGUCGAUAUCGACGAUGGUGAAGCUGGCGAAAUUACCAUUGUCUCUGUCAGAGCAAAGAUGUUUGUACACGAAAACGACGCCUGGAAAGAGCGUGGAGCUGGUAUGCUGAAAAUUAACGCCCCAAAAUCGUGUGUGGAAUUUGACGACAAUAAUGUCGUCGUGCCCGGAUCUUUUGAUGCGUCAGGACUCGACGAGGAAGAUGGCGACGGAGCUUCACCCAAAGUUGUUCGCUUGUUGAUGCGCCAGGACCAAACGCAUCGCGUUAUUCUCAACACGGCUAUCAUCUCAGCUAUGAAGUUCCAGGAAAAGACAUCACUCAAGUCCACCUCAGUUCUUUUCACAGCAUUUGUCGGCGAUAGCGCGACGCCACUACUGGUCACAAUGAGAAUGUCGGCUGCCAAUGCCAAAUUGUUUCAAACCGAGGUAGAGAGCAUUCAGCGCGAGCUUCAAACCCGGUGA